UUGCCCAGUAAACACGCCUCUGUUGAGAUGGCGACCAAGAUUACACCGUUAUAUUUCGCCAUAAACCGCUGAAGCAUGAGCACGUUCAAACAUAUAUUGUUAUGUAUUCAGCACUGUGUGCUAAAUGUUCACAGUGCCUGAAGAUAUUUAAAAAUCUGGACAUUCAGAAGACGGUUUUUGAUUCCUGUGGAAUCUAUAGGAGUUUUGACCUCUUUGUUUUUAACAAAACGUUCUUACCCACGUCCUCAAAGAGCGCAGAUCUGAGCCAGGGUGACCAGCGCAUCGGAGGCCCACCUUUGUUACGAUGCCCGUACAAGCGCCGCAAUGGACGGAGUUUCUGUUGUGUCCUAUCUGCACCCAGACGUUCGAGGAGAACGUGCGCAGGCCCAUCAGCCUGGGCUGUGGCCACACUGUCUGCAAGAUGUGCCUGAACAAGCUGCACCGCAAGGCUUGCCCCUUCGACCAGACUGCCAUCAGCACUGACAUCGAGCUGCUGCCUGUCAACACUGCGCUGCUGCAGCUGGUCUGCGCUCAGGUACCCAAGCCUCAGCCUGUCACAUUAGUGAGAGGUGCUGAGGACACCAAGCAUUAUGAUGAAGCCCGCACCUGUGUGGAGGAGCUGGCUCUCUACCUCAAACCCCUCAGCAACACGAGAGGUGUAGGGCUGGGCAGUGCUACCCAGAGCCUUCUCAGCAGGCCCAUGCAGAGGAAGCUGGUAACACUCGUGCACUGCCAGCUGGUGGAGGAGGAGGGCCGGGUGCGGGCGAUGCGGGCGGCGCGCUCCCUGGGCGAACGCACGGUCACAGAGCUCAUCCUGCAGCACCAGAACCCUCAGCAGCUCUCCUCCAACCUGUGGGCUGCUGUCCGAGCACGGGGCUGCCAGUUCCUCGGCCCUGCUAUGCAGGAGGAGGCUUUGAAGCUGGUGCUGCUGGCUCUAGAGGAUGGUUCAGCCCUGUCCCGGAAGGUCUUGGUUCUGUUUGUGGUCCAGAGGCUGGAGCCACGCUUCCCUCAGGCUUCUAAAACCAGCAUAGGACAUGUGGUGCAGCUCCUCUACAGAGCCUCCUGCUUUAAGGUGACCAAGCGGGACGAGGACUCCUCCCUAAUGCAGUUGAAGGAGGAGUUCCGUACAUACGAGGCCCUGCGGAGGGAGCACGACUCCCAGAUCGUCCAGAUUGCCAUGGAAGGCGGACUGCGCAUCGCCCCAGACCAGUGGUCCUCGCUGCUCUACGGGGACCAGUCCCAUAAGUCCCACAUGCAGUCCAUCAUAGACAAGUUGCAGACUCCAGCAUCCUUUGCUCAAAGUGUACAGGAGCUCACCAUUGCAUUACAGAGAACAGGAGACCCAGCCAACCUCAACCGCCUCAGACCACAUUUAGAGCUGCUGGCUGACAUUGACCCUAGCCCAGAUGCCCCUGCACCUACAUGGGAGCAGUUGGACAAAGGGCUAGUGGCAGUGAAGACAGUGGUACAUGGCCUAGUGGACUUCAUCCAGAAUCACAGCAAGAAAGGAGGAGACCCACAGCAGGCCCCUCAGCACAGUAAGUACAAGACCUACAUGUGUCGAGACAUGAAGCAGAAGGGAGGCUGUCCUAGAGGAGCUAGCUGCACCUUUGCCCAUUCCCAGGAAGAACUGGAGAAGUAUCGCAAGAUGAACAAGCGACUGCCCAUCAGGAAGCCACUGAGCCAGUCUCUGACCCAGCUCAACGAAAUGGACGUCACUUGCAGCCAGGGCCUACUCCCUGAUGAGGGCUUGGUUGGGGAGGGACUGCCCCACAAAUCGGCCAUUGUCGCCAAUGGCCUCAUCCAGGUGGGGCCUGGAUCUGGGCUAAGUCACCUGGUCUCCCGGGGCUCUGACCCCUCAUACAACCCAGUGAACAAGCUGGGAAAGGCAGACCCGGGGAGCCUCAGUGCCCCUGGUUCACCUCCAGACCUAUUGGACGCAAUGCCUAAAGUGGUGAUGCCUGCGCCAUCUCAUCCCAGAGUGGCACGAGAGAGCCUGGCUGGACACAAGCACACGUCCAUAGUCCCCAGAGUCCCCCAGAUGCCCCAGUACCCUCCAGCCCAGUCUGAGCCAUAUUACCCUGAAUCCAGAGCACCUCCAGCUGCCUCCCAAUACGAGUCCUCUCACUAUCCUACAGGUCACGCCUACCCUUACACACACAUGCAGCCUCGCUAUGUCCGCAACCCUGGCCCACCUGCAGAUUCAGGCUUGUCAUCCUACCCGGACCCCUAUUCCUAUGCCCCAGAGCGCCAGUACACAGGCCAUCCAUCCGACCCUCGAUACGCCUACCCUGUGCACCACAAUAGCCGGCACCCGGCUUAUGGAGGACCGCCGCCGACGCAGUCCUACACCAGGGAUGAGCUGGGGCACAGGAGCCCAGUGCCCCUGGAUGUACCUCCACCAUCCCAGCCACAAACAACGGGCGCCUCCGCCUACCUCCCAGAGCCCUCACGAGAGAGAUACGGCCCUGAGAGCUUCAGCCACGUGGGGCAAAGCAGGUCUUAUGGCAGGAAUAUCUAUGCCCGGCCUCAGCACAGCCUUGAUUACCUGCACCGCCGCAGGAAGGAGAUCAUGGCCCAGCUGGAGGAGCGGAAAGUGGUCUCCCCUCCGCCUUUCGCCUCCUCUCCAAACCCAGCCCACUCUUAUGACCCCAGCUACAGCCAAGAGGUCAGGGGACAGAGUCACGUAAGCACACAACAAAGUCAUUCCAUGGAGGAAACCCCCCCUGCUUUCGUGAGCUUCAGGGAGCCAGACUACGCUGCUCAGUACUCUCCAUGGUCAUGCGACACAUUUGUCCCCUACAUUGGCACCAAGGACAUGAAAUCCAAAGAGGGCAUGGCUGUAGGCUACAUGGAAAUGCAGAAUGUUGAUCAGGGCCUGAGAGAACCUGCCUUGGAGCUGCAGCGACGAGCAGCAGAGGUCAAAGAUGACGACCCCAUCAUCCCAUUCGGCUCGCUGCCCACUGUCUCACGCUUCGGUGCCAUCUCGCGCACAUCUAAAUCGGGCUACCAGCCUGCUGGCCUAGUGCCAGGCCCCCAUGCCAAACACGCUGGCACUGCAGUGGAUUAUAAUUAUGGAAGUCAUGGAGGAUGGAGUGAAGCCUCCUUCCCCCAGCAUCCAACUAUGCCAUCUCAGGCACACUUCAGUGAACGUCUGCCCCCUGCUGCCCAGGAAAGAGAACAGCUGAGGAUAGAGCUCCAACAGGUCAAUCAGCAGAUCACGCAGCAGACUCGUUUGGAGAGCUCGAGCAGUGGGGUGGCUCUGCAGAGGGAGACGGGCUCAGCAGCUGGCCAGCCCCCCCCUGUGGAGUGGCCCACCGCUAACGUGUCCUGUGAACAGUUGAGCCUGGAACUGCAUCAGGUGGAGAGGGAGAUCGGCAUGAGGACGCGGGAAAUGGCCAUGGAGGGUCAUGUAGCGCCUGUUCUAAAAUACAAACUAGUAGCAACCAGUGAGAAUGGACAGAGCGAACACAGUUUGCAGCGGGAAGAGCAUCAGCUAGCUCUUAGUGAGGGCUCAAAUGGUUUGAGCUCUGUCGUGCAGGACUGCGGUUUGGCUAGCAGCAGCAUUUCCUCCCUCACCAGCAAGACCUCCUCACUCAGCCUGUCGUCCGAGCUGGUGGCCAGCAGCCCAGAUCUGUCAAAGAACGGGGUGGUUCACCACUGCUCCUAGCUAGACGCUGUGUCUGACAGCGUGCUCUGCCACUUCAUUACCAGUUGGGGUGUCUGUCUCUCGCUUGUUCUUUCACCCUCUCUGUCAGUUUGCCACCGUAGUAACGCCACUACCGCUCACUGGACAAAAGCUCUGGCUCAUCUCUCAACUUGCCCUGUAACUCGCUAUGGCCCCAGUAAACGAUUCCCUCCCUCGCUCUGACCAUCUGAUGUGCUCUACUUGUGUCGCAUUACUUCUUUUGGACUCAGCAGUAUCGGGAUGUUGAGCAUUCCGUAUGUUCCAUGAGAUAAGGGCUACGUGGAGGAGAGCUGCGUUUUGGGAAAACAACCACUAACAGAUAGAUGUGUGGGUAGUGUGUAUGAACAAAUCAGUCUUGUUCAGUUACACAUACAGGUUUUUGUAGAAAUAAGCAGUAUCUGCCAUUUAUUCACCGUCUUCUUUUUUGGUUCUGUUCUGUGAAUGAAGUUUCUUUUUUUUCUAUGACAAACAAUUUCUCUCAUUGCCUUGGAAACCAAGGCAUGUGAGAAGCAUUAUAUCAAUAUAAGUGUUUCUUGGCCUCACAGCAAUCUACACAGUAAUAACAAUUUUGAUAGUUAGAAGUCCUCUAUCUUCCCUAUCAAACUCACUAGAGUGUUGCUCGUUGUGAACUAAUGGGCUCAAACUACAUUCUUGGUAGUUAACUUAUCACCUUUCAUGCCUGUAUAAAUGUAAAUUCAAUUGAACAGUUUACAUUGUUCUGUUGAUUGUAGUUGUUUCUCUCUUCACACAAGUUGGUGGAUCCGUGGUGCUUCAUAGCAUGGUUGACAUUGGGUUGCAUAUUCUAGAAAAAAAGGAUAAAUGGACAGGAGUCACAAAAACUGUUUAAAAAAUGUCACCCCAGCACUUUUUAGUCAAACCAAGGAAGUUUAUUUUAGAGGAAUGCAGGAUUGUUUCCCCUCAAAGUCUAUUACUUGUCAGUAUUUGGAUAUUGUGGCCCAACCAAGAAAAAGAAGCAGAGAUCUUAUGCUUUGGCACCAGUCCAGUAAGUUCAGAUGUGCUUUUAUUGGCCCCUGUUUGCAGGCUGUGUAUUAUCAUUAUGCGUAAUAUAUAUGAAACAAUAGAUAGAUAUGCGUUAUUUUAUUGUUGCCAUUGUCAAAUGCCUAGGAAAUGCUAAAAACUAAAGGGAUUGAUUGGUUUUUCAGGAUGAUUUUAGGGUGCCUUUAUGAGUCCUGUAAAUUCUGGGAGGGGUUGAGAUGGGUCUUAAGUCUUGACAUCACAGGUCUUGCUUGCUUGAACUAGUGACUGUACCUUGUCAUUGGUCUCCAGGGAGUCUGUUGUUCACUCUAACCGCUGUGCUGGCCUUCCUGAAGAAAUAUAGCCAAACUAAUCUGGAGCGUUUGAUAUUCGGGUAUAUUUUUGUUACGUUUUGAUUUUGUGCCACGGCUCAGCUUCGGCGAUUUGCUCAGCUGGUUUUGUUCAGAGGUGGUCAGAAACAAAUACACUGAUAUACCUCUCACCUUUGAUGUCUUUUUAACACCAGUUUACAUGUUUCAUCCUGAGGAUGGAGAAAACGUCUAAGAGACAAAAAGACAGGAGACAUUCUGUUUUAUGAAUGUGUAUGCAAUCUGUUUUCACUUCGUCAGUGAAACCCAUGUUCUACAUACAGAUCUUCAGGGCAAGUCAAAGUGAUAAUGUUGGUCCAAAAGCACAACACAUUGCUGUGGUUCCUAUUAAAUGGUUCACUUGUUUUUUUCCACACUGGCUGCCAGUACCCCUGUGUUGUAUAAAGUAGCAUAUACCCUGAGAUGAGAGACUGUUUUGAUCACCUCUGUUCAAACUGCAAGGGACUCUAACUUCUGUGAAGUUGCUUUGACAUUUUGAUUGGCAGGUUAAUGAUUUCUCCAGGGGGCCACAGUGAGGAUUGAGUUUGAGUGACCAGACUCUGAAAAACAUCUGUUUUCAGUCCAAGGCCUGGGGACCUGUGUGGCUUGUACUUUAUUGCGUUUUCCCUGCUCCUACAGACCAGACUGCAAAUGCAUGUAAAGGGGUUUGAUACUGUAUUGAGUGAGCUGAGUUUGGUGAGUUUGGUGUGUUUGAGCAGGCAAACCACAGCAUGUAACAGGGCUGGGACUGAGAUUUACUGAGAGCUUCCAUCAAGUAUGGAACCUCUCCAUUGCCCAGUGCUCAUUCACUGCAUGAGCGCUAGUCCUCCGGAAUGUAGCAGGAAUGGUCAGACUAUGUAUUUAAGCGCUACAUCUGAGAUUGGGUAAUGGGGCACGUCUUUCCAGAGUAAUACUAGCAUCAUUUCAUCAGCAAUUUUGCAAGUGGACUUUAGAGCAUCUAUUAAAGGCUGAGAUGAGACAGCAGGUUCAGUAUGGUUCAGUAUGUCCAACUUUUGUCAUCGUGCAGUAUUUGAAAAUAUUUUUCAUAUAGGUCAAGAAUCAUCAUGUACUA